AUAUAUAUUACCGCAAUGACGUAUUUCUUCUAGAAAUAAAUUUUAAAUGAACAAACUUCGUCGGCUUUGUUUGUGUUAUGUAAAACGUUACCUGUUUACGUUCAUCUUUUUUAAUAAAUUUUCAAUGCAUUCUCAAUAUUUUAUAUAUCACUAUAUAUUAUACGACGAUCAUAAAUAAAUAUAUUAGAUAAAUGCGUGUGAUUAUAAAGAAAAAAGAAAAAAAAAAUUGGAGAAAAGCAUAACUAGGAGAAUCAAAAGAACGAUGAAUGAAAUAGCGCGCGUACUUUUUUAUUGAAUGAACUUAUGCAUGCUGUGUGUCACGUGACUCAGCACGCGUUGCUUGGCAACGCGAUCCAUUUGUACGAUUCGUACAGUCGCAUGGCCGCGAGUCAGUUUGUCAGUUAUUUGAAUCACAAGAGAUAGUUGGUAGCUUAAAUUGUGGUUGAUAAGUUUUUGUCGUUCUUCUAUGUGAUAAUCGUACAAAUUAUGUUAUUCUUUCGUAGCUGAAAAACAUGUGCAAUUGAAUGAACAUUAAAAGGCAUAGAGUCCUUUUCACGUAGAAAUCGAAGAGGUUAAGGGAACCUAACCUGGAACAUUUUGUUUUGCUCUCUAUAUUUGUAUUUUAAUAUUUGUUAUUCCAAUAAAAUGACAGAUAUUGCAUGUUUCUUACGUUCGAAAAAAUCAGUGAUAUUGAAGUAAGGAAAAGACAAUAAUAUUACGGUGGUUUAUAUAGCUUUCUUGUCAUUAUUUGGCACGGUCGUGUACCGUGUUGAUUGAUAAAAGGUAAAUAUAACCUGCUGGUGAUACCAAAUACACAAUGAGUAAAUACAGAAAAAAGGAAUCCUCGAGCGAGGACAGUGAUAGUGAGGAGGAAAGACGUAAGAAAGAUAUUAAAGAAAGAGAUGAGUUUGCUAAUCGACUCAAAGCAAAGGAUGAAAGUAAAAUACGAAAGGUGGCUAUGCCAGCCGGUUCAGGAGCAGCAGCUGAGGCUGCCAAGAGACUCAAAAUUAUGGAAACAGAUAUGCGAGAGAAACUGGUGCCCAAACUGCGUGUUGAGUCUCGUAGGAAAUACUUGGAGAAACGCAAAGAGGAUAAGGUGGCUGAAUUGGAAGCUGAUAUAAUCGACGAUGAAUAUCUGUUUGAGGAGGAAAUAUUAACAGAACGGGAAAGGAAAGAGCGGGAGCAUAAAAAGCAGUUGCUUCAGUUAGCCAAAGAACAUGAGAAAGCCAGAGAACUUGAAAGGUUGCAACGUUACUAUAUGCCUUUGGAAAAGGGAAAAGUGGCACCAGAAUUAGAAGUUCCAGAUAACGAACCGCCACAAUCCGAGCAAAGCAAAUGGGAAUCUGAUCAGAUGUCUUCUGCUGUGUUUCGAUUUGGCGCAAAAGACAGAAAAGCACAACAGGACUACGAUCUUCUGCUGGAAGAUGAAGUGGAGUUCGUUCAAGCGUUACGUAUGCCUGGCAGUGAGAAGAACAGGAAACGCGAGGAUAGUCCUCCUCCGCAAGUAAAGGCGUUACAGACUAUACAGGAGACAAAAAGGAGUUUACCGAUCUAUCCCUUUAGAAAUGAUCUCAUUCAGGCUAUCAAAGACCAUCAGGUACUGAUAAUCGAGGGAGAAACGGGUUCAGGGAAAACUACGCAAAUUCCUCAAUACCUAUACGAAGCUGGAUUCGCGGAGAAUAAUAAAAUUAUUGGCUGUACGCAACCAAGAAGGGUAGCUGCCAUGUCUGUUGCUGCGAGAGUUGCUCACGAAAUGGCUGUUAAAUUGGGUAAUGAAGUGGGUUACGCGAUUCGUUUUGAGGAUUGCACCUCUCAUCGUACUCGUAUCAAAUACAUGACCGACGGUACCCUGCACCGUGAAUUUCUCAGCGAACCAGAUUUGGCUUCUUACAGUGUUAUGAUCAUCGACGAAGCACACGAGCGUACCUUGCACACGGAUAUCUUGUUUGGUUUAGUAAAGGAUAUAACAAGAUUUCGAACAGAUCUAAAACUCCUAAUUUCGUCCGCCACGUUAGACGCUACGAAAUUUAGCGAAUUUUUCGACGAUGCACCGAUAUUUCGGAUACCUGGUCGCCGGUUUCCCGUUGAUAUUUAUUAUACCAAAGCACCAGAAGCGGAUUACAUCGACGCCUGCGUAGUCUCCAUUCUUCAAAUACACGCCACUCAGCCACCUGGCGAUGUACUAGUGUUCCUAACAGGUCAAGACGAGAUAGAAACAUGUCAGGAAAUGUUGCAAGAAAGAGUAAGGCGACUAGGUUCGAAAUUAGGAGAACUGUUAAUUCUACCCGUAUAUGCUAAUCUUCCAAGCGAUAUGCAAGCAAAAAUAUUUCAACCCACUCCGCUUGGAGCCAGAAAAGUAGUUCUUGCUACGAACAUAGCAGAAACAUCAUUAACGAUAGACAACAUAGUGUACGUGAUAGACCCUGGAUUCGCGAAACAGAACAAUUUUAAUUCCCGAACAGGUAUGGAAAGUUUAAUGGUCGUGCCAAUUAGCAAAGCUUCUGCGAAUCAGAGAGCAGGCAGAGCUGGAAGAGUAGCUCCAGGAAAGUGUUUUCGACUGUACACAGCUUGGGCUUACCAACAUGAACUCGAAGACAAUACCGUGCCUGAAAUUCAGAGGAUUAAUCUAGGAAAUGCCGUGCUGACCCUGAAAGCUCUGGGAAUAAACGAUUUAGUCCAUUUCGACUUCCUGGAUCCUCCGCCGCACGAAACGUUGGUCUUAGCUUUAGAACAGCUAUACGCGUUGGGAGCUUUAAAUCAUCGCGGAGAAUUAACGAAACUGGGUCGAAGAAUGGCUGAAUUUCCGCUGGAUCCUAUGAUGGCGAAGAUGUUGCUGGCUAGCGAACAAUAUCGCUGCUCGGAGGAAGUAGCCACGAUAGCUGCCAUGUUAUCUGUGAACGGAGCCAUAUUCUACAGGCCUAAAGACAAGAUUAUUCACGCAGACACGGCUCGAAAGAAUUUCCAUGUGCCUGGUGGCGAUCAUUUGACUUUAUUGAACGUGUACAAUCAGUGGCAGCAAAGUGAUUUUAGUACUCAUUGGUGUUACGAGAAUUUCAUUCAACAUCGAUCAAUGAAAAGGGCUAGAGAUGUUAGGGAGCAAUUAGUCGGAUUGAUGCAGCGAGUCGAGAUGGAACUUGUGUCGGGUAUCACGGAAACGCUGAAUAUCAGGAAGGCUAUCACAGCAGGAUAUUUCUAUCACGUGGCAAGAUUGUCAAAAGGGGGUCACUAUAAAACAGCAAAACAUAAUCAGACGGUUUCCAUUCACCCUAAUAGCUCGUUGUUUCAAGAGCUGCCGCGUUGGUUACUUUAUCAUGAGUUGGUUUUCACUACAAAGGAAUUUAUGAGACAAGUGACAGAGAUCGAAAGCAAGUGGCUUUUGGAGGUAGCACCUCAUUAUUACAAACCAAAAGAACUGGAAGAUUCUACGAAUAAAAAAAUGCCGAAAGUUGCGGGACGAUCGCACCCAGACGGAACCUACUAAUGGUCCUAAUAAUUAAAUAACCAUGAAUCUUUUCAUUUGUAUAAAAAAAAGAACUGUACAAACAGCUCCGACUUUUGAAUGCAAUUUUUUAUAAUAUAGAAAGUAACAAGCCUAGCCACAGUGUACUAUACAAGCGUUUGUAACUAAUAAAUCGUACUAUUUAUGUUACUCUAUUGUAAAUGCAUUUUAUUUUAAUAAAAAUUUACACUAAAUAUAAACCAUCUCUUCCAUUUCUGUACUCCACACCCCAAGGUAAGUAAGUAGAAAUUAAUGGACAAUAUUAUAACAUACAAAUUGCGAACAAAAUCGAGAAUCGUUUAUAAAGGUAAUUAAAGAAAAUAGCAAGAAUGCAGAAAGGAAGGUAAGUAAGGAAAACAAGGUAAGCAAAUUUAGCCAUUUCCUUACACAUCAUAUCCUCCUGAUGCACAUCCACAAUUUUGGGACAAAAAUCUUUGCCUGAAACCUUAGUUACCUUUCUUAAUCUACUUGUUUUAGAGAUUUCCAGAAUUGCAGAAAUUUUGUACUUAUGUUUUUAAACUUUUCACUUAUUCGCUACAUACUUAUCUUAGAGGAUAAGAUGUGAAACAAUGGCACAAAAUUAUUAUGUUUUUCAAUUUAUUUAAAUUUAUCUAUGAAUUCAUUUAUAUUACAAAGCACAGAACAAAUACUAUUUUUGUAACAGGAAUGCUUUUGCAUUUCUAUUUUCAUGGAGUAUGAAUCAUUCUUCGUUUGGCUACAGGUGUAAGAAAAUUUAAGCAUUGAUUCGUAAAGCUAAAGUAAGAAUUUUCUGAAAUAAGUUUUCUCAAAGUGUCUCCAGCUUUCUUCAUUUGAUAUCAUUUUUAUUAUUCAUUUGUCGUAAGUUAGAGUUUCUUCAAAAUAAACGAAUCGAUUUCGUACAAACGAUGUUGUGCUUGUGUACAAUAAAUGAUAAAAGACUCGAGUUCUAAGAUAAGCGGUUAUCCGAAGAAAUUCAUAAAAAUGUAACUUCGCAAAUGGCACUGUAACACACGAUAGACAUUACGAUAAUGAUACGGUGCGUGCAUACCAAGGUAGGCGAAUGUGGACAAUAUCUUUCUUGUGAAAAGAAAGCUUUCUAUAGAUACCAUUCUGUAAAGAUAUAGCUAAUCCUAUAGUGGCCAGUGUUUUAUGAAAUUUCUCUGAGAUCUUUAUCUACGCGAUUAUACAGUAUCUUUUGUAUUUAAAAAUCGAAGAGUAAAUAAAUAGCCAAUUGCGUUUUGGUUGGAAUUUUUUUUUUUUUUGUUAAUCGACGAAAUAGUAA